AUGUUCCAGACGGCGGCGUACCUCGCGGAGCUCCUCGAAGCAAUGUUGACCCUCGGUCUGUACCGCGGCCUGACCAUGUUUGGACAGUCUGAGCUAUCGUACGAGUACCCGGGGACAGUCAGUGCAGUCAACACACCCCUGGGCAUUGAGGACAAACCUGCUCAUACUGCUGCUGGACACGUCACGCAACUUCUCCGCGUUGGUGUCGGGCAUUCUUCGCGCACUCGACGCACCGAGGUCAUUGUACGGCGCAUAUGGUGUACACGCCAAGUAUGGGGUAUCAAUGUGAUAGUAAAGACGACUGCGGACGUGCACCUCGACCUCGUCGUGUACGAUCAAGUGCGUCUGUGGUCGAAGUAUGCGAACGAGCCGCGCGCUGGCAAGCUUUGGUUCACCCAUUCAACGAGUGCAACGCGGACAGCGGCGCUCUUCCUGGAGGUUGUGAACAUUGAUUGA